CUCACGAGCUGGAAGAUGGCCGACUACGCCUACAAGCGCGAGCCCUGCCCGUUCCCGACGCGCGCACGAGGGCUCUUCACCGAGCGUGUCCGAGGCGGCGACGGCGACGGCGGCGAGGCAGAGUACCGCAUCGUCGCUCGCGGGUACGACAAGUUCUUCAACAUCAACGAGGUCUCGUGGACGCACUGGAACACGAUCGCGCAAAACUCGACUGGCCCGUACGAGCUCACGACCAAGUCGAACGGCUGCAUCAUCCUCAUCGCCGCGCUCGACGCCAAGCACCUCGUCGUCACGUCCAAGCACAGCAUCGGCAACAAUGUCAACGCCAACACCGAGGGCGGCGUGUCGCACUCGCAGCGCGGCGAGUACUGGCUCGACAAGCACGUCGAGCGCGUCGGGCGCACCAAGGAGGACCUCGCCAAGGAGCUGUUCGAGCGCGACUUGACUGCUGUCGCCGAGCUGUGCGACGACGAGUUCGAGGAGCACGUCCUCCCGUACCCCGAGGAGCAGACGGGCCUCCACCUGCACGGCCUCAACGUCAACGAGCCCGUCCUCAACACGCUCCCGUCGGCCGAGGUCGCCGCGUUCGCGCGAGCGUGGGGCAUGAUCGCGACGCCGUACAGCGUCUUCCCGUCGGUGCCCGCCGUCCAGACGUACUGCGAGCGCGUCGAGGCCGACGGCGGCGUCGAGGGCCCCGACGGCAAGGUGUCCCCCGUCGAGGGCUUUGUCGUGCGCGGGCACCGCAAAGGCGGCGCGCCGGGCGAGGCCUUCUUCUGGAAGGUCAAGUACGACGAGCCGUACCUCAUGUACCGCGAGUGGCGCGAAUUGACGCGCAAGCUCCUCGCGGCGUACCCGAACCUCGAGACGGUCAACCCGGCCAAGAUCCGCAACGGCGACAGCCGCCUGUACCUGUGGUGGGUCGCGCGCGAGAUCGAGCGCGACGUCGCCGCGUUCGACUCGUGGAAGCACGGCAAGGGCAUCAUCAAGACGCGCGAGGCGUUCCUGUCGUGGUCCAAGACGCCCGAGGCCAACGUCGCUCGGCGCGAGCUCGGCGUCAAGGUCGCCGUCAGCGAGGAGGAGCGCCGCAACCGCAAGUUCGACAAGACGCUCAUUGUCCCUAUCGCCAUCCAGGGCUGCGGCAAGACCGCCCUCGGCCUCGAGCUUUCGCACCUGUUCGGGUGGGGCCACGUCCAGAGCGACGACUUUCUCCAGAAGAAGCCGGCGCCGCAUUUCCUGCGCGCCGUCAAGGACCAGCUCACCAAGCACGACGUCGUCUUUGCCGACAAGAACAACCACAUUGUCAAGCACCGAGACGACCUCGUCCAGCUCGCCGCCUCGCUCGACCCGCAGCACAAGGUCCGACUCGUCGCGCUCGUGUGGCCGACCAACUCGACCUCGCUCCCGCGCGACAAGUUCCACUCGCUGUGCGCCUCGCGCAUCGUCGAGCGCGGGCAGAACCACCAGACGCUGCGCGCCGGCGACGAGCACGAGGACGUCAUCUGGAAGUUCCUCGGCCAGCACGAGCCGUUCGACGACGCGGCCAACGUCGCCGACAGCAAGUUUGACGAGGUCGUCGAGAUGAGGGCCGAGUGGGGGCAGGCCGAGGCGCUCGAGCAAGCGGUCGAGGCGCUCGCCAAGCUCGACGGCGUCCUCCCUGUCGACACGCAGACGCCGCUGUCGAGGGCCAAGGUCGACGAGGCGGUCGCGUUCGCCAAGUCGUGGACGACGACGAUCCGCAAGGAAGCGACGCCGGCUUCGGCGCAAAAGCCUCGCGCCAAGGCGAGCGCCGCACGCUACUACGGCAUCGCGGCCGACGUCGACCUCGCCCAGAUCGUCGAGGCGCACCUGCCCGCCGCCGCCAAGUCGGAGCGCGACGGCCUGUGGCCCGCCCUCGUCAAGGCGCUGCGCGUCGAGCGCAAGCCGCACGUCACGCUCGUGCACCGCACCGAGCUCGAGCACGUCGACGACGCCGUGCGCGCCGAGAAGACGACCUUGUGGACCCGGUACGAGGCGCUCGUCGAGGCGGCCGUCAAGAACCCGGACGCCGUCGCGCGCCUCGACGUCGAGCUCACGCUCGGCCCGAGGCUCGUGUGGGACACGCGCGCCAUGGCAAUCGAGGUGUCGGGCCUCGUCAGCACGGCGCCAUCGUCGUCGGCGUCCGCCGCCGCGAACGAGCCCGCUCGGCCCGAGGUCGAGCUGCCCGACCACAAGUCGGCCCACAUCACGGUCGGGACGCGCUCGUCCGACAUCCGGCCCGUCGAGGGCAAGUUCCUCAUGCAGGCGGCGUCACAGGGCGCGACGACGACCAAGGACGGCGGCGAGAUCCACGAGGUCCGCAUCGGCGAGGUCAAGGUCCCGGGUCGGCUCGCCGGGCUCUCGUGAGCAUGGGUGCGCCUCGUGCACCUCGUGCACCUCUCUCUCUCUCCCUUUCUUUGGCUCGCGAGUGAGCGCCAGACCGACCUCUUGUUGUAGAUCCUCUCGUUCUCUCCUCGCACUGCAAAGCAGCUCUCUCUUCCUCUC